AUGGAUUUUUUAUCUAAGCCUUCAGUGCCAAAUCAAGCUGGUUCCUCGUGUAUGCCACCUAAUAAUAGCAUGAUCCAUGGUGGUAUUUGCCCCUCUACUGCUACUGCUGAAGAACAGAGCAGUUCCAGUAAUAUGCUGGUUAUUGCCAAGCCCAAGGGACCAGCUCAUGAUGUCAAUGACAUAACAAAAGGUGAAGAACAUGUGAGAAUUCCCAUAAUCAAUGAAGGUGGCAAUGGGAUUCUUCCUCCUCCCUUUCACUAUAUACCACGCAAUAUCACAUUCCAGAAUGCAUAUGUGAAUCUUUCGCUUGCUAGAAUAGGAGAUGACAAUUGCUGCUCAGACUGCUUUGGAGACUGCCUAGCAGAACCAAUUCCUUGUGCAUGCGCAGCAGAAACUGGAGGCGACUUUGCUUAUACAAGAGACGGCCUGCUUAAGGAAGAAUUUCUCAAUUCUUGUCUCUCCGUGCUUCCAAAAUUCUACUGCAAAAUUUGUUCAAGGGAACGAGUGAAGAUUGUAAAUUCUGAGUCACCAAACGCCAAGGUGAAUCCUUGUAAAGGACACCCUAUAAGAAAAUUUAUUAAGGAAUGCUGGAGUAAAUGUGGCUGCACCAGAAAUUGUGGAAAUCGUGUGGUGCAGCGAGGCAUUACUCAAAAUCUACAGGUUUUCUUAACCCCUGGAGAAAAAGGAUGGGGAGUGCGGGCUGCUGAGGAACUUCCUCGGGGCGCAUUUAUUUGUGAGUAUGUUGGUGAAAUAUUAACAAACAGUGAGCUGUAUGAGCGAAACAAUCAAAUGGCGUCAAAAGGUAAGCAUACCUACCCUACGUUGCUUGAUGCUGACUGGGUCACUGAAGAUGUUCUGGAGGACGACCAUGCUCUCUGUCUGGAUGGCACCUUUUAUGGGAACGUGGCAAGGUUCAUAAACCAUAGGUGUUCUGAUGCCAAUCUUAUUGUUAUACCUGUUGAGAUUGAGACACCCGACCACCACUACUACCAUCCGGCGUUUUUCACCACAAGGCAAAUAAAGCCAUUUGAAGAACUUACAUGGGACUAUGGACUUGACUUUGACGAUGUCAACCACCCUGUUGAGGCAUCCAAAUGUUGUUGCGGAAGCGAGUUUUGCCAGGACAAAAGGAACAUCUGA